ACACUAGCUUGUUUGCUCGCUAUAUUGCUUGCUUCUUUAUCAACUGACUAACUUAAUGGUUAACUUCUCGUGUAAACAGUACGUUAGCCUAAGCAACGUUACUAAUUAGAACUACAAUGCCUGUGUUAUGUAGUUUGUUUGGAAAAAAAUAAGUACUUUUUGGCACGCUAAUAUUGUGUAGCUAAAUAGUUAGCGCUCAUUUUCAUUUUAAGUGGUCUAUUGACUACUAGACGACAAUGCUACUCAACGAUGACACCAGCUAGUUUGUAUUUAAGGUUUUUGUUCAUAACUAGUUAUAUUAAUGUCCUCGCAUUCUAGAUCAGAGAAACCCUACCCAGGCCAGAGCCAACGUUGAAUGACUGUUAUUGAUAUUUAAGCAAUGAUGCAAUAACAUUUAUGGUAGUUAAUCAGACUGUCUGAGUAUAUUUAUUGUAACUAGUAGCUCCAUCCUUUUCAAGAACUGGUCAGCUGGACACUAAUCAGCGACAGUGUAAGACUUUGCAUUCUUGGGACUUCUGGGUUCUGACAAAUUUAGCUUUGUUCCAGAACUGAAGGGUGUUCUGGGUGACGUUAAAGCACCAUUACAUACUUUAAACAUAGCUGUCCUGCAUCGCUUAGUAUUGUAAAGCAUUUACAUUAUAGUCAUUUAGCAGACUCUGAUCCAGAUUGACUUACAGUAGUGAGUGCAUACAUUUUCUUACUGGUCCCCCACUAUUGGCCCAGCAUCAUUAGGGAUUGGCCGGAGUAGGCAGUCAUUGUUAGUAAAAAUGUGUUCCUAACUGACUUGGUUAGAUAAAUAAAAAUAGGAAUCGAACCCACAACCCUGGGGUUGCAAGUUCCAUGCUCUACCAACUGAGCUGCACAUAAGCACUAGACCUGAGCUCAUUUUCCCUGGCUAAACAAGCAUUUCGGUACACCCGCAAUAACAUCUAAAUAUGUCUUUGUGACCAAUAAAAUUUGAUUUAAACCAGCUGGCUAACUGAACUAUGCUAGUUUUCAACCUCAUUACCAAACUUCAUAUACUGUACUCUCAACUUCAAAACUCCUUUGCUAGUUAUACAAUCAUGUAACUAAGUCAUUUGCUGGAAAGAAACUUAAAUUGUAUUUUGUUAAAGUCAUGACCGUUUCAAGAUAUGUCGUAAGACGACAGUUGGCGUAGAAUAUCAUUGCUACUUAAAACUCUGAUCCAAGUUCAGUUUUGAGAUCCACCAUCUUCAUUGGCAUAGGGUUAGCUGGAAGUAUCUGACUGGUCUUGGAACUGUGACAACAGGCAGCCUCUCCCCACUUGGCUUGAUGGGAUAUGUAGGGAUUUUUCCAUAUGUACCCGAUCUUGUACCCUUAACCUUUUUUCAACUGAUUUGUAGUUGUUGAUUAAAUCUGACUUUACUGGAUUACUCAUUAAUAAUGUCGAGUUAAUUGACUCAAGAAAACUUGACAAAAUAUCAACUCUACACAUCGCGAUGGCUAAAUUACUAAGGGUCUGUGGAGCUCCUCUUCCUCCUCACCACUCUAUGGGCCCUGGUCAGGAGUAGUACACUAUAUAGGGUGUAAUUUGGGAUGCAGACACAGAGAUUAGUGGAGCCAGCUUGAGGUUCUCUAGCCAGUAGACAUCAUGCAGUAUGUCCUGCUGUGCCCUGGGAAAGGAGAAACAUCGUCUCCAUCUUAAGCCCCCUGCUCUGUCUGUCUAGCGGCAGGCAGGGUGUUUGCUGUAAAAGGCUGAGGCACAAAUGCGGGCUGAUUACCAACUGACUGCCAUUUUAGAAAGGUUACAAUGUUCAGGAAAUAAAUAGCCUUAUGGCUGAGUCAUUUUACAUGGUCAAUGUGGCAUCUCUCUCUCAGCAUGGUGAGGAGAGUGUUUCCCAUGUUGCAUUAGUGGAAGUGUGACAUGCUGGCCUGUCUGCCAGCAUCAUCAGGUGACCCUACGACCCGAUUUCUCUCCCACACGCAGAUGAACACUGGACUUCAGCAAUGGGACACUACACAGAAGAUGAGAUCUGCCAACUAUCCAACCCCAGCAGAAUUAGAUGCCUUUGCUAAGAAAGUCUCCAACAAGCCUCUGACCAUAAAGAUCUUCCCCAACAGUGUCAAAGUACCUCAGAGAAAGUACAUCCGCCGCACAGUGAACGGGUUGGACACGUCCAGCCAGCGCCACAGCCCCUACCAGUCUCAGGUCAGCAGCACCAGAGCGGGCCUCGUAGCCGUCCUCCGCACUUCGACCGGGAAAAGCGCCAUCAAAGACACAGACGGCAGCCAAGCCCAUCUGCUUCCCAAAGCAGCCAUGAACCUCCACAGCGGGUCGCACGUCGCUCAAAGCUCUUUACAUCUCCCCGAGCCUGUCCCCCACCUCCAGGGCAUGUCCCAAACCCAACACCAGGCAUUGAACCAGAAACAGGGCCUCCCCCACCCACAUCCACAGCAUGCUGUACAGCAGCACAACAUGGCUCAUCGUGUGACUUCACAGCCACAGAAUAUUCCUCAACCUCACCCUAAAACUUUACAGCAACAGAACAUGGCCCACCCUCAAACUUUACAGCGGCAACCAAGCUUGUCCCAGCGGCAACCAAGCUUGUCCCAGCUGCAAACUGUACAGCAGCAACAGCAGAAUCUGGCGCACCCUCAGAAUAUCCAGCGGCAGCAAAGUUUGCCUCACACGCAGACUUUACGGCAGCAAAAUCAGACUCUGCCACAAACCUUACAGCAGCAGCAUCUUUUUCAUCCUCAGACGCUGCAGCACCAGACUCUUCCUCACCAACAAGCUUUAGUACAGCAGGCUAUGGCUCAGGCUCAAGGUCUCCGGCACCUGCCUGACUUAGCCCAGGCCCAGCCUCUACCUAGUCUGCAACAUUCCCAGGGCAUGCAGCACCCCCAGAGCCUGUCACAGCCUCUCCACCAGGGCCUCCGGCACCAGCCUGACGUAGCCCAGUCCCAGCCUCCACCCAGUCUGCAACAUUCCCAGGGCCUCCCCCCAUCUCAGCAGUUCCCCCAGGCCUCUGGUGCCGGCCCUGGCCCUCCCUCUGCCCUGCAGCCACAGCCAGGCCCCCCCUACGUCCCCAGGAAGCUGCCAGACGCAGACGUUCCGCCAAACGUAACUGUAUCUACCUCCACCAUCCCGCUGUCCAUGGCGGCCUGCCUGCACCACAACCGGCCGGGCACAGACCUGAGCAUCAUCGUGCACCAGAUCAACCAGUUCUGUCAGGCUCGGGCCGGAAUGGGUGCCACCUCGGUGUGUGAGGGCCAGAUUGCCAACCCCAGCCCCAUCAGCCGUAACCUUCUCAUCAAUGCCAGCUCCAGGGUCAACACACCCCACAAUCUGGACCUCCUUCCCUCCUGCCUGCUGGGCCCCACAGAGAAGGCCCCUGGAGAGUCCCAGGGCCCUGCUGGUGGCCUACAGCCCAACAUAGCUGUCAUGAACAGGUUGCCACCUGCUUUCCACACUGACAUAAAGCAGCAGUUACAGCAGCAGCAAGUACAGCCGUUACAACAGGUUCACCAGCAGCAACAACAUAAUCAGGUACAGCAGCUCCAACAGGUUCAUCAGCAGCAACAGCUACAACAUCAGUUACAGCAGCAACUCCAACAGCAACACUCCUGGAACCAGCACCAGCUGGCUCACAUGCAGCACCUGCCUGAGGGAACUAACCCCAGCAAGAACCCCAGGAGAGAAAUCCCCUCUGGGCCUGUCUUCCCUGCCAAGACCCUCAACUAUCCCCACGUGCUGCUGGCCUCGCAGCCACAAGCCUUCUACCUUAAACACCCAUCAGACAAGACAACCCCCUCGCCCUCUGUAACCGGCCCACCGGGUGGCACCAUGCCCAGCUCCACCAACGGGUGCUACCUGCAGGCUCCAUGGAGCAGUGUCCUACAAGCAGGCAAAAGUGAUGGUCUUGGCCCUCUGGAUUUGGCCUUCCAGGGGGGCCCGUCAGGGGCCUCCAUAGACUGCAGCACACCAGGAUCACAGAACCGACCAGGAGCCAGACCCGGGUUCCCAGGUUUGGGUCAGACCAAGCUGAUGAAGCAGAACGUGUCUGAUUACCUGGCUGGGGAUUUCCAGGCAUUCCAGCAUAACCCAGGUGCCAUGGGGAUGAUGCACAGGCCCCCCAUGGGUAGAGCUCUAACCCAGGGCCCAGAGCUAGGCAACGAUAGAAAUAUCCCCGCUCAUCACCCAGGCUAUAGAUAGAUUGCAGUCUUCACCUCAUCAGUUGUGUGUCAUGGUUGGUGAAUGAUUCAAGAUUAUAAUCAGGUGUCCACAUGUUGUAGAGUUCUUGCAAGUGAUCAAUUGACUGUUCUCCCUAGUCGGUUGCUCCUGCUCUCAAUGUUUAAUCGCUGACUUAUGUGUUUUAAAAGUAUGGUCCUUAGCCCUUAAAGGUAUCUGCCCUUAAAGGUAUCUGUUAAACCUUAGUGCCAGAUGAAGGGUUUUUGAUUAUUAUUCUAAUGAUGAUGAAUACUUACUCAUACCACAACAUGGACAUCUGCUUCUUGUAGUAUUUUCUGGAAUACUCUAUUGUGAUCUAGGACUAAGUAGAAAACCUAGUAGGGCUACUUCCUUUCCACAUAAUAAUUACCAUAGUUAUCUCCAGGUUGUCAUGGAACCAAACACGCCCUUUUACAACAUUAGUGGCCUAAUAGCUGCCAAUGCAGCGGCUGAAAAUAGGCCAGGAAAUAACACCCCAUGUUUACAUUUGAAUGGGUAUUUUUGUAUGCUAAUAUGAAUCAGGUUCAUGUCUGAGUAUAUUCUUACUUCAAUCUCUCCCCAUAUAGAGUAAGGUACUGCUACAACCAUUUUGUCCUGUCCUCUUGUGUGUGAUAAGACCUUAAGACGGAGUACUUUUGAAGUCGUUUUUAGUUUUUUUUUUAAUCCCUACCUUGUUCUGUUACUCCUGUUACUUGUCUCUACUUGAAUUUCUCCAGUGACGCUUUCAGUAUGAGGACUUAGAGAAUCGAAAUGUCAUGCUAAACAUUUACAAAAGGAACAAAACCUCGCUUUGGGAAAAACAUUAAUUGUUUUUUGAAUAAUGUGAACCCAGUAAGAUCAAUCCCCUGAUCUUGAAAGGAAUUGUCUGUUUGCUUAGACCAAAUUGAUCACUUGCAAGUGUGCAAGUACAACCGAACAUACCGGAAGGUUAAAAUAUUUAUUUGUUUCACCACUAUACUACUGUAAACAAGUGAAUGGAUUCCUUGUGGAUCUUUACCUGUCUGGGGGUUCUGGUAAGCUGAGGGCUAUCCUACGAAGCAGGUUUGAAGAGUUAGUGAGUUAACUUUGGUCAACUGAGUCUUAAUGAAAAGUAUGGCAUUCGACUAGCCAUGUGCAACACGCAGUUACAAGCCUGCUAGAAUUAGUGGCAGGUGUAUGAGCAAUAUCCACUGUCGUAGUACGGCUAAAGACUGAGCUUGAAUGUGACGCUAACAGAAGCUGGUUCGCUUCAGAAAACAGAUCUAGCUUGCUUAUUGGGAUAUCUCUUUUCCUUCACUUGCUAGCCUAACCCUAACUGUAUUGUCUCUCUACUACCUAGAAAGGAGAACCGAGGUUCAGUCCAGUUAUUUUAAAUGCAAGUUACCUCCUCAUGCUUGUAGAUGGGUCUAGCCAUAGAAAUAUAAUUACGUCUAAGUAAUGAUAUUUCUAUGGGUCUAGCAUGCUGCGUUUUUCCUCAGUUUAAUUUGGCUUACUCUUUCCUCCUCCCUGAUAACUCUUGGGGGAAAAGCCUUAAAUGUUAUAUUAGUUACCUUCUACCUUAAAUGUUGACUUUUUACACCAUGCCGGAUUUCCUUAAACAGUGCAUGGUGUCGCAUCCUAUAUCGAAAAUUGUUUCUGCACAUGUUUUCAUUUAAGGCCAUUGUUAAAUUGCUAAGUAAAAGUCCUCCUUUUAAAGGAUAAUAAGUAUGAAUAGUGUUAAGUAGAGUUUCCUAGGUGUGUGGCACUGGACUGUAACUAUGGUCUUUGGACUACGUUUCUUUCGUUGUUUCUACAUGACAAAUGCCCUACACUAAUUUAGUUCUUAGCUAAUUUAUUUAUUUGAACACUGCAUCCUGAAGCCAUAGGUUUUUCCACAUGGGUGCCAUAGUAACGCAUAUGAUCAGACACAAAACAAUGCAAACUGAUGUCUCACAACUAGCUGCAUUCAGUAAGCGAUGGAAAGGUUAAGUCAGAGGUAAUUUUAUUUAUAUGGGUUAUGUAGCCUUAAAGGCGCUACACCUUUUUUUCCUUCACUUUUUGCAUUGUCAUUCAGAAAAUUGCCAUAUAUCUGCAGUACUAGGGGAAUGAUAAGUGUUUCACAGUAUUACUUACCUGCCCACCAGUGCUGUUAUAAACACCUAUUGAUUUCUCCCGCCAGAGUGGCAUCUGUCAAAAUGGGAAAGCUGUUUUGACUUUGCCUGUGUGGAAAUCGGGUCAAGCAGCCAAUGUAAAAAUGUCUCUAAUUUCCUGGUUGCUAAAAUUCUACACGGUUCGCUCAUUUUCAGUUUGUGAGAAAAACAAGCACUGAAUAGUGGAGGGAAUCAUUGUGCCAUCUAAAUUGCUGUGAAAUAUCUUUUUAAUAACAAAAAAGUUUUUUACAUCUGUUUAAAGCUGGUGGACCAAAACCGAAAGUAAAAGGCUCAAGUGUGUGUCUCCAUGUUGUGGGGGAGAUGGUACAUUUGUUUUGAAUGCAGCCGAGUGCUGUUGCAAUUCUCCUAGCUUCCACAUAGGGGAGAUGUUCUGUGUAGCACCUUUUAAUGUUAUGGAUUGAGCUUUCUUCCCUGAGGGCAGUAGCUCGAUUCUGUUUGGCUCUUACUACUGUUGUGUUCCUGAUGUGCCUGGCCCUUGAAGCUGCUAUUGAAUUCUAAUCUGAACACACAAGAGUGUGUGUGUAUAGUAAUGAUGUAUGGGUUGUACUAUUGGAAUAAAGGUUCCUAUUUAUAAUGUGUUGUCAUGGAGUUUUGAAAUGCGAGAUUGUAAAUCUGUGUAGUGGAAAUGGACCAACUGUUGCUGCAGUGAACCAAGUGAUGUACCUGUUGUUCCAUUUGACCUGAUUUACUUGUUCUAUAAUGUUGUACAGCCAUGCUACAGCCCGAGAACGUCAGGUUAACAGUUACACUUUCUAAUAUUAAGCCCAGCGGAGACAUUUCAUAUGAAAUAGUAUGUGUGGGUGUGUGCGAGAGAAAGGGUGUAAAGCCUAGAUACUUAUGCACACACGUUGGCACACUACACAGUGGUGCACAUCUAUCCAUUUUGGGGGGGACCAAGCUUCUAACUGUAACUACUGAUACUGGACAGGCGUCCACGUUUACAUACCACAAUGAUUCCAGACAAUGUUUGGAGUGUGAACGGCUGCUGCUGAAUCACUGACCAAACUCACCAAGCCUUCCCCUCAACCAUAAUCACCAUGGCCCAAAGCCUAGUUACAUUCUAUGUCUGAAAUGGCAUCCUAUUCACUACAUAGUGUACGACUUGACCUAGGGUCAUAGUCAAAAGUGGUGCACUAUUUCGAAAGUAGUGUGCCAUUUUGGAUGCUAACAUUCUUUAGCCAUGUUGGUUUGUAUUAGUUUUAAAGAAUCAUGCUAUUUUAAGGUUGUGACAAAAGUGGUCUGCUGCCCUCUAGACAGUUGUAGGAACAGAAUGUGGGACUGUGAUGUUAAUGGUGCUGGUGAGUGUUUUUGCUCCACAUAAGUGGAAAUGUGAGAUGAAUGGCAGUGGUUGUGUUAUUCCAGUUUACCUAUCCUUGAACUAUGCUUUGCACUAACAUUCCCCCCUAACCAAAAUAAAGUUUGCAUUUGCAAAACUGAUACCUUUUUAUUUUGUUUAUUUUAUUUGUAACAGCAAGGCUUGAGAUGUCUAUGAAACGGGAUUUUCAAAGGAUAUAAAAACAUUUCU